GGGGCCGAGGAGUUCGAGUUGGACAGGCAUGGGCUGGGGCUCGGACGGGGCCUUGGGCUCGCCGGGCCCUGGGACAGCCCGCUGGCCCCCAGGACUCCGACUCCUUCUCCUCCUCCUUCCGUUGGGGGCCGGGACCAGGGUCCGAGAGCCGAGAGGACUUCCCUUUGGAGAGCCAGUCACCCCCCACUGGGUGCUGGGCAGCCGGAGCCGUCGGGAGAUCAGCACAGAAGAGACGAUCAGAAGUCCAGAUGAGGCCCUGUUGUCAGUUAGGGCUGAAGGCAAGGAACUUCUCCUCUCCCUGAAGAAAAACCGCUGGCUGCUGGCUCAGGGUUACACAGAAACCCACUAUGGUCCGGAUGGGCAGCCGGUGACCGUGGCCCCCAACCAUACGGAUCACUGCUACUACCAUGGCCACGUGCAGGGAUUCCCGGACUCCUGGGUUGCCCUCAGCUCCUGCUCCGGGAUCAGCGGGCUGAUAGUACUCAGCCCCAACAGCAGCUACUACGUGCAGCCUCCACGGACUCCAGCGUCCGGACCGCCUGGCCCGCACCGCCUCUUUCGGACGGAGCACCUGCCCAGCGAGAAUGGGACCUGUGGCCACGCGCUAGCUGGGACCUUAGGUCUGGCACGCAUUCUCCGCCGACAUCGGGCACCCAGGGUGAGACGCGACUCGAGGCGGGCCCUGAAGUACCUGGAGUUAUUCAUUGUGGCAGACCACGCUUUGUACCUGAGGCAGCAGAGAGAUCUGGGUCGCACCAAGCAGCGACUUCUCGAGAUAGCCAACUACGUAGACAAGUUUUACAGGUCUCUCAACAUCAAGGUGGCACUGACCGGCCUGGAGGUGUGGACAGAAAGAGACCAGAGUCGAGUCACAGGAGAUGCCAACGCCACUCUCUGGGCCUUCCUGCAGUGGCGCCGGGGGCUGCGGGCCCGGCGGCCCCACGACACAGCCCAGCUCCUCACGGGCCGAACUUUUCAGGGCACUACCAUUGGCAUGGCACCCUUGGAGGGCAUGUGUAGUGCGGAGAACUCCGGGGGAGUGAGUGCGGACCACUCAGAGUUGCCCAUUGGUGCAGCAGCCACCAUGGCCCAUGAGAUUGGCCACAGCUUCGGGAUGAGCCAUGAUGCGGAUGGUUGCUGUGAAGAGGCCUUGCCUGAGGAGGGGGGUUGUGUGAUGGCAGCAGCCACUGGACAUCCGUUUCCCCGCGUGUUCAGUGCCUGUAGCCGCCAGCAGCUGCAACACUUCUUCCAAAAGGGAGGGGGAAUGUGCCUCUUCAACCCUCCUGACCCUCGGUUGCUGGUGUUGGGAGGCCGUUGUGGGAACGGCUUCUUGGAAGACGGGGAGGAGUGCGAUUGUGGGGACAUUGAGGAGUGCACUGACCCUUGCUGUCAUGCCCACAACUGCACACUUCGGGAGGGAGCCCAGUGUGCCCAGGGGGACUGUUGUGCCCAUUGCUCGCUGAAGCCAGCUGGGACAUUGUGCCGAGAAGAAGCUGGGGACUGUGACCUGCCCGAGUUCUGCACUGGAGCCUCUCCUCACUGUCCAGCCAAUGUCUACCUCCUUGAUGGCUCCCCGUGUGCCGGGGGCACUGCCUACUGCCGAGAUGGCAUGUGUCCCACCCAUGAGGGGCAGUGCCAACAGCUCUGGGGGCCUGGUGCCCACCCAGCCCCUGAUGCCUGUUUCCAGGAUGUGAACUCAGCUGGGGAUCCCUAUGGGAACUGCGGUCAGGACAGCGAAGGUCACUAUGUCCCGUGUGAUCGGAGGGAUGCCAAGUGUGGGAAGCUUCAGUGCCAGAGUGGGGCAGAUAAGCCCCGGGGGCCACACACUGUUUCCAUGGAGACCACCAUCCGUCUGGGUGGCAGAGAGGUGACCUGCCGAGGAGCCUUCAUGUACCGUGUACCCCGAGCUGACUCCUCCGCUGACUUGCCAGACCCUGGUCUUGUGCUGCCUGGUACUAAGUGUGGAGAUGGCAUGGUGUGUCAUGAUCGAAGAUGCCAGAAUGCCUCCUUCCCUGACCUUCAGAGGUGCCUGGACACAUGUCAUGGCCAUGGGGUCUGUAACAGUAACAGGAACUGCCACUGUGACCCAGACUGGGCCCCCCCAACCUGUGAGAAGCCAGGGCUGGGGGGCAGUGUGGAUAGUGGUCCCGUGCAGUAUGACAACCACGAUGCCACUCUGCUGGCCCUGCUUCUUGUAUUCAUGCUAUUACUGCUUCCCAGUGCUGGGCUGGCUCUCUACUACUACCGUUUCCCAAACUCCCUGCUGCACCAGGGCCUUCAAGGGCUGAGGAAGGGACAAGAGAACUGCCGGUACCGAACAAGGGUCACCAGAAGUUCCAGGAGUGGGGCCCAAUCGGGCUUAACUCUGCAGAACCUACCCCAACGUCAGCCUAAUCGUCCUGCCCCAGGGGGAAUAAGGGGGCCUCUCUCUCCGAAACCCGGACCCUCCCAGCCAGUCAACGUGGUUCGGCCCCUGCGCCCUAGCCCUUCUAAACCCCGAGACUCCCGACCGGCACGCCCACCACCUCCCCUGAGUCACUCCCCGCGGCCUGCCUUCCCCCGAAGGGACCCAGGGGAUCGAGGGAACCGAGAAGAUGGAACCCGCCGCCUGUUGCCCCCCAAGAGACCCCUUCCUGUCAGCCCGGCCCGGGGCCCUAAGACCCAGCUGAAGAAGGAUCCCCCGAGCCGGCCCCUGCCUGGGGACCCGGUCCUGGUCAAACAGCCUCCGAGAGGUUCUAGCCUCCUGGUCAUGGUGCCGCCCAGUCCCGCUCGGAACCCCCGGCCUAGCCCCGGAAGAGGCUCCCUAACUUUUAAGAAAUGACCAGACCAGAUCCUCCCAGGAGCUGCUGUCCUGAGGGCGAGGGCAAAAGACCCUGCCUUCCCCAGGUGUGGCGGACCGUUGAGUACGAGCAAUGAACACCUUUCGUGCCUCAGUUUCCCUACCUGAGACCACCCUGCAGACCGACGCCUUGGCCUGGGGCGAAGAUGCCUUAACUAGCUGCCUGGGAACGGGGAGGCGGGGAGAAGGAGGAGCGGAUUGGGUUCAGAACAUUCGGGUUCCCUGCCACCCCUGCCUCGCCCACCCUUCUGAUUGUGUGAUCCCAGGCGGGUCACAGUCUCUUGGUCCUGGGUCUGAGGGACAGAACCAUACUUGUCACCAACCUACCUCAGAAACGGCCCGGAGCCAGCCCAGUGGCCAGACAGGUGGAAAGGACUGAGACUGAAGAGCUUGGGUGUGUUGUAGGGUGGGAGGGGCUUUAAGGAGACACUGGUGUUUGUAACACAGACGUUUACAUGAAUUUGGCUCUGUUUCCCCUUUUUAGCACCGGCCAUGGUAGUGGGAGGAGAAGCUAGGACUCUGGGGUUUUCCUCCCAAUUUUCCUUCUGCUGUCGUUCCUGGUCUGGGCCUCAAUUUCCCCACUUGUUCACUUAGAAAAUAACACAUUUUCUUCUUUCUGAUAGAAGUCGGGAAGAUGGGAAUGAGAGGGGCGUUGCACCAAGUCAGACCACCAGGGGGCGGUGUGAACCCACUGUGCAUACCUGUGUCGAAUCAUUUUUCAGAGCUUGGAGGGAUCAUUUAGAAAUUUUACAGAACUGAAAUCCAGGAAGUGGUGGGACUUACCCAAGGUCGCCUGGUUAAUAAAUAGCAGAACUGGAAUUCAAACUCAGGUCCUCUGACUUUAAAUCCAGGUCUCUUGCCACAUCACCCCUCCUCUCUUAGGACAUCCUCCUCAGCAAUCAGUUUAUCCCUGGGGAUUCAGAGCAGAGGUGGAAGA